CUCAAUUUCGAUUAACGACUCAAUUUUAAACAACUUCCCACUCUUAAGCCUUAACUCACCUUUUCUCUCUCCAUAGUGAAGACUGAAAUAAUUCAAAAGGAGACCAACCGGUGUCCCACUCAGACUGAUAUCGUCGACAAAUACAGUUUAUUUGUGAUCAUCUACUCCUAUUCAAAGCAAAUGUCUCCUCUGUUCCCUUCUUUUACUUCGCCAUGAACGACCCUUCAAGCCUUUCUUCUUCCUCUUCGUACAACUCUGCCUCCAUUUCUCCUGCUGAUCAGGAUGUUGAUCCAGCUCAAAGAACCGCUAAUAGCUCAUAUUCUUUGUCAUUUGAGCAAUCAAGACACUGGAGAGAUGUUUUUUGGCUGGCUGUUUUCAUUGUACAUUUGGGAGGGUUAGGCUUGCUUUUGGUUGUUCUUGGACUUAAUAGGUUUAAGAAAAAUGAUAGACUAAACCUUGAUAAGUAUACAUAUGGGUUCUUGGAAAACCAUCGUGGUCUCACAGAGGACUAUUGGCCGUUGUAUGCCGUUGCUGCUGGGGUUGGUACAUUCCUAGGAUGGACAUGGCUAUUAUUGCUUGGUUGUCAAGCCAAUCACAUGAUGAAAGUUUCCGUACACAUUCUGACUACAUAUCUAGCUGUUAUUAGUGUAUUUUGUUUUUGGGCAAAGCAGUUCUUUUGGGGUGUUGCUUUUGCAAUUGGAGCAAUGUUACAGUUUUUGUACGUCAUUUCGGUUAUAGACAGAUUGCCUUUUUCAAUGCUCGUGCUGCAGAAAGCGGUGAAAAUGACAUGGAGCCUUCGUAAAGUUAUGUGUAUAGCAUAUGCGUUCAUUCUGGUGAUGCUUAUAUGGAUGGCUUUAUGGUCCUUUGGAGCUGCUGGUGUUGUGGCUUCAAGCAUUGGUGAUGGUGGCAGAUGGUGGCUUCUUAUGGUUCUAUCUAUAAGCUUAUUUUGGACUGGUGCAGUUCUUUGUAACACAGUUCAUGUAAUUGUCUCUGGGAUGGUUUUUCUCGUUCUCUUCCAUGGUGGGCAAGAAACAGCAUCUAUGCCUCCCGAUUCAUUGAUGAAGUCUUUACGUUAUGCUGUGACUACCUCCUUUGGAAGCAUUUGUUAUGGGUCACUCUUUACAGCAGCAGUUCGUACUCUAAGAUGGGAGAUAAGGGGUGUCCGUGCAAAGAUUGGAAAUAACGAAUGUUUGCUUUGUUGUAUCGACUUUGUAUUUCAUCUUGUGGAGACACUUGUUCGAUUCUUCAACAAGUACGCAUAUGUGCAGAUUGCAGUCUCUGGCAAAAGCUUCAAUCAUUCGGCAAGAGAUGCCUGGGAAUUGUUUCAGUCGACUGGGGUUGAAGCUCUUGUUGCAUACGAUUGCUCUGGUGCCGUCCUUUUGAUGGGAACUGUGUUGGGAGGGCUCAUUACUGGAACAUGUGCUGGAGUCUGGACAUGGCUAAGAUCAAGUGACAGAGUUCUAAUGGUAGGCUCCACUUCCAUGCUCAUGGGGAUGGUUUUGGUGGGAUUGGCGAUGGUGGUAGUAGAAGGUGCAGUUACAUCUUUGUACAUAUGUUAUGCCCUAGAUCCUCUACUCAUUCACAGAUGGGAUUCCGACUUCUUCAACCAAAUGUCGGAAACGCUUCAUCAGCGCUUGCAAUACAGGAGCGCUCGAGGUCGACAAGUUCUCACUCACAAUACACUUGAUUUACAAAUACCCAGUUAACUACAUCUUUUUCCAAGUUAAAUUAAUUUGUAUAGGUACAGUCCUUUUGUUUUUUUUCCCUUGUUUGUAAAAUGUGUGAAUGAUACAUGAAAAUGAUCUCCUCAUAAAAUGCCAAUUGCAGUAAUGCAUUGGCAAUAUUCUGUCCCCUCUUUGUUUUCCUUCUUUUCGUUUAUGUAAGUUGGCUUCUCUGGAAGCUCAAAGGUGUAGAGUGGACUUUAGCAGAUAAAUAAGUUGAAAAAUAGCCAAUUUGUAUCCAAUUUAUAUAUUAAAUGGUUUGAGAUUGAUUUGAUAAAA